UUGAGGGAUGGAGAAGGAUAGGGAAGGAUAUCCCUCUCCAUAGUGCUAGCUAAGGCCUGGUGGGCGAGACACCUAAUUAGUCCCCCUUUUUCAUUUUUCUUCAACGGCCGCAACUCUGAAAGGCUCAAAUCUGAGGGAGGGAGUGAGGAGCAUAGAAAGAUAUAUAUAUAUAUACAUAGAGAGAGAUAGAGUUAAUGAAAUUGAAGAAGAAACGUAAUGUUAUUAUCCGGUGAUCAUCUAUUUAAGAUUUUUAGAAGAAGAUUUGUUGAUUCUCAGUUGAUAUGCAAUGGUUUUAGGUUAGAUGUUAGUUUGUUCUAUUAUGAAAACAGCAGAGGCAUAGCAGUUGUUGUUAAUAUGUUGUCGGAUGCUGAUGCUGCUUGGAAACCGUUUGAGAAAAUGCCUCACACAGCACAGAUUUAUUAGCAGUAGUUAUAAUUGGAGUAUGAAUAAAUUUUUAAUGCUCCAAAUGGGUUUCUUCUAAUCUCAAGGAAGGAUAUGGAAAUUUGCAAGAAGAAGAAGAUGGAAAUUUUCGACUGAUUCUGCUUAAUAGAUGUUAAAAUUUUCAAAGUACCAGAAAUCAAAAGGGAAGAGAAGGGAAUUUGGCUUUAGGGGUAUUUUAGUCUGUUUCGGUGGUGAAAUACGAUCGUGCGAAACCAUGUAUUUGGGGGACUUUAUAUCAAUUUACUUAAAUAACAGGGAUUGGUCAGAGUACAAGUCAUAUUAUAGAGGGCUUAUAAAUAAACAUUUUAUUUUCCCUCUUGUUCUGAUUGCCACCCCUGUUUCCACAUUCCCUGAAACUCCCCAUUCUCUGGUUCUCAUCAAUGCUGUAAAACAAAGUGUGAUCAUCAAAAAGAUUCAACUUUAACUUCAGAAUCACAAGAAGCUUCAACUUCAACUUCAGAAUCACAAGAAGAUUCAACAGAAGGUGUGUUCCACAAAUUUGUAUUGGAAGAAGAAGAAGAAGGUGUUCCUGCUAUUGGAAAUCAGUUAUGUUUUUGUUCACACAAGAAAGAGGUUGGAAUCAUUAGUGAAAAGGGUAAUCAAGACUUGUAUGUUUCUACUGCACAAACACAAUGGGUUAUGCAAAAUCAUUGCUUUGUUCGUUAAUAGUAAUAAUCAUAAUCUGCAUAUUACACUCUUCAUUUCCUCCCCCUUCUGAUAAUUCAAUCACCAACAUCACCCUUCUUCGUGAUGCUCAUUUUCUUCAAGAAGGCAGAAUUGGCCUUACUUCUUAUUCUUCAAGUAGUGUUGGUAGAGCACUUUAUAAAUACCCUAUCAUGUUUAGAAACAUUUCUACUAAAUCCAGUGCUUCUUUUACUUCGAAGUUCACCUUUACGAUCAUUCCAAAUUCUAUACCAUCUCCUCCAUUGUUUGGGGAUGGUUUAACGUUUCUUAUUACUUCCAAUCCUAAGAUACUUGGAAAUGGGUUUGGUUUUAUGGGUCUCUCAAAUCGAAGUAACCAAGAAGAGUAUUUCGCUAUUGAAUUUGAUACAAGUUUCGAUCCAAGUCUUGAAGAUAUUAGUGAUAAUCAUAUAGGUGUUCACAUCAAUUCCAUUAUAUCAUAUCCAACUGUAGAUUUGACACCUAUGGGAUUUGAUUUAAAGAAUACUACAAGAAUAACAGCUUGGGUCGAUUACAUAAAUUCGGAGAAGAGGUUGGAAGUGUGGCUGAGUUACAAUGAUUCUCGACCUAUCAGGCCACUCCUAACUACUUAUAUGGAUUUUUCUGCAUAUAUUAACGAGUUGAUGUAUGUUGGUUUUUCGGCGUCAAACGGAAAGGGGGGUUGUUCAUCAAAGCACAUAGUUGAUAAAUGGAUUUUCGAAACGUAUCCUUCUCCAUUUGAUUCUUCCAUUUCCUUCCAUAGUACGGAAGAGGGUUCUGAUCUUGCUAAUGGUGCUGGUCCUACUUUGUGGCUGCUCCUGGGAACAUUGAUAUUUACAGCUAUAAUUCGUAAGAUAUUUUUCUCACCUGAUCAGAUUGUUGGUGAUGACCAGACAAUCUCCAUUUCAUUUACUGAUGCACCUAGGAACCCCGAAAAAACAGUUGAUGGCAAAAACAUUAAAGCAAGAAGAGAUGUUGUGAACCAGAAGCCUAGAUUGACCGAGGGUACCAUAAAAGAAGCUCUAAGGAGUUUACAGCUUGAGGAAAUUAUCGAAGAGUUGAAAUCUAAGAUCAAAAAGCAGAAGGAUAACUUGAUUCUGCCAGUGUGUGACGAAGCAAAAGAUCAUUAUCGUGGUAUAAUCGCUUACCUUACAGAAGAACGUGACAGUCAGGUGUCAGAGAAAAAAGAACUUGAUAAGAAGGUUAUUAUAGCUGGUCUUCAGAGGAAGUCGAAAGCAGAACUUGAGGAUAUGCUUCUUCAGGUGAAAACUAAGGCUUAAGGUGUGCAUUACGAGUGUGUUUCUCCAAAGCUAUGAAAUGUGCAGUAGUUGAUGGUUAUAGAAGUGGCUGAGCAUUAUAUCUCGAGGUCCGAGUAUAUGGAAGGCGGACAUGGUCAGAAGUCAGAACUUAAAAAUGGCUGUUUGCACUUGUAAUUGUUUUUUGAUACAGUUGUAGCAUGAAAGACCAUGAUGAAUGCUUGAAAUUUUAGUUUUUGUUCGUUCUUCCGAAUCCUUAGUAAUGAAAUGAUGGA